AUGUUAUCGAGUGAUUAUGUCGAAGAAUUUUAUUAUGAUAAUAAUUUAAAUCUUAAUAAUAUCGCGGAUAGUUGUUUUAGUACGGAUAGUAACAAAAGUGUACCGGGACAUUGUAAUAGUAUUUCGGAAGAAGAUUUCGAUACGAAUUUUUACAAUUUGGAAUUUAAUGCAAAUAAUGGUUUAAUUUUGGGAAAUUCUUUGACAACAACAACGUCAGCGACCGUGGAAUUACAAACAUUUUACAGUAAUCAACAAUCAUGUGACAUAAUGCAGGCAUGGAAAUGUGGGAAAACAAACAGAGCAUUAAAUAAGAAUGCAUUAGAAAAGAAUCGAAAAAUCAAUCAAAAUCGUUUAUGUAAUCAACAAUUAAUGAUAUAUCAAAAUCGCUUGAAUACUUAUAGUAAGACUCAAAAUAGUUCAGUUAAUGCAUCAGAGGUCAAUUUAAAGAAAGCAACACAUAGCGGGAUAACUUGCUCUCAAGAAGUGUUGCGUAAACGUCGACUAGCGGCAAACGCUCGUGAGCGCAGACGCAUGAAUAGUCUAAACGAGGCUUUCGAUAAGCUACGGGACGUGGUGCCGUCGUUGGGUAAUGAUCGUCGCCUCUCUAAAUAUGAAACAUUACAAAUGGCUCAAGCGUAUAUCGGCGAUUUACUUAAGUUAUUAACUAGAGAUUAUUAA